UAAUAUUAUUUCCGCCUGAGCGUGGUGAACUUCCGGAAAUGCGCGUUGCCAGUCAGCUGACAGAUGUUUGCCGCUCGGGUUUACGCGGUGUUCCGAGAUUUUCAAACCACCUGAGGGGGCAAAGAUAAAGUGAUUUCGCGGAGCAUUAUCUCUUUCGCUAGCACAAUGAGUGCCGGCACCCCAAAAUCUCUGCCCUCAUCGGGCCAGAAAUCUAUCCAGGACAUCUGCCACCCGUUGUCAGCCGAGGAGUCCGUCCUCACACCCAGCCCAGAUGCAGCAAACAACACCACCAGCAGCAGCAUCGGCCACAAGGACUUGAGUCUCCCAAAUGGUAAUGCAGUGGACACGUCUAGCCCGGCCUCUUCGUCCUCUCUGCUAAAUCGCCUGCAACUGGACGACGACCUGGAUGGAGAGACGCGGGAUCUUUUUGUGACCGUGGACGAUCCGAAGAAACACGUGUCUGCCAUGGAGACCUACAUCACAUACAGAGUGUCUACUAAGACUACCAGAACAGAGUUUGACCUCCCUGAAUAUUCAGUGCGGCGGCGCUACCAGGACUUUGAUUGGCUGAGGAACAAGCUAGAGGACAGCCAACCAACCCACCUUAUUCCACCGCUACCUGAGAAAUUUGUGAUGAAAGGAGUGGUGGAUCGUUUUUCAGAGGAAUUUGUCGAGACGAGAAGAAAAGCUCUGGAUAAGUUCCUGAAACGGGUUGCCGAUCACCCUGUCCUUUCCUUCAACGAGCACUUCAAUGUUUUCCUUUCUGCCAAGGAUUUGAAUAAAAGGCAAGGUCUGGCUCUGCUGUCCAAGAUGGGUGAGUCUGUGAAGUAUGUGACGGGUGGCUACAAGUUGAGAGCGCGGCCGAUAGAGUUUGCCACAAUGGGCGACUAUCUGGACAUGUUCACGCAGAAACUAGGCACCAUCGACAGGAUAGCACAGAGGAUCAUCAAAGAGCAGUCGGAGUACCUGGUGGAGCUGAGAGAGUAUGGGCCGCUCUACUCCUCAUGGGCCUCCUCUGAGCAGGAGCUCCAGGAGCCGCUGGACGGCGUAGCAGGCUGUGUGGGUAACUGCUGCAGCGCUCUGGAGGAACUCACAGAGGACAUGAGUGAUGAAUUCCUGCCUGUCCUGCGAGAAUACGUUCUCUAUAUUGAAUCCAUGAAGAAUGUUUUGAAGAAGAGGGACCAAGUCCAGGCUGAGUACGAGGCCAAACUGGAGGCUGUAGCAUUCCGUGAGGAAAAGAGGACAACAGUGCCCACAGACGUGGAGAAGUGCCAGGACCGCGUGGAAUGCUUCAACGCCGACCUGAAGGCCGACUGGGAGCGCUGGCAGAACAACAAGCGGCAGGAUUUCAGACAGCUGCUGACCGGCAUGGCGGACAAAAACAUCCAGUACUAUGAAAAGUGCCUUGCAGCAUGGGAGUCCCUCAUUCCACUCUUACAGGACAAACAGGAAGCGAAAGCAGAGACGAACUGAGCGUGUGUAGGUGUCACCUGCUCUCUGGGUUGUGACCUGCUGAGAUCAGUAUGAAAUCAUGGCGACAUGUCCUCAUGUAUUUUGGCCAUUGGGGACCCAACAGUUUUGGGGAGCAAGAGGAUGGGCUACACAAAGACCAUAAGAUAUUUUGUUGCAUUCGGAUUUGUAAAGUAUUUUUUUCUUUUUUUUUUUUUUUUCCUUCUCUCCCUUUUCCUUUUUUUUUUUUUCUUUUAUAUUUAUGAGAUCCCAUCCAAGCACCUCCUCCUUCCCUCUGGCCUGGAAGAACAUGCAAUUUUGUGUUCCACCGAAGCACAGUGAGACAACCCACAGAAUGACCUGGAAUUCUCCUCUGAACUAUUGCGGACAGAAAAAGAGAAGUACAGCAAGCUACACUCGCCAUUUGCCAAUGAUUUUCUAUAAAUUCCGCUUGCCCUCAGCAUGGUUCCCUUUUAUCGCAGCCUCACUGUUGUUGUCCUUGUACUGCGCAUUGUGACCAUGAAGAGACAGGCCAAGGAUUGUCCACAUUCCUCUCACCAAAGUUUGAUGUGUUUUCGUUUGUUUGUUUGUUUGUUUGUGUUGUUUCAGGAACACUAUAGAUCUGAUGCUGUGAAAAGGCAAGAGAUCGUAUCCACUUUAUUAAAUUUCUGAUUUAUUUA